GUUACUACUGGAUUAUGCAAGUUAUUUGGCCCUGUUUCCUCUGAGAUAUGACUUAAAUAUCAUUUAACUUGAAUAAGAAAGGAACUGAUUUUUAGAAAGCAGAAUGCCAAGGAAAAGGAAAAAUCUUGGUGGAAGUCCUGCUAGGAAGUCUCUGAAUGCAGAGGAUGUUGCAUCCAAUAUUGUUCAUCGUGAGGAGCUGACACCUCUUCCUACACCGCCUCAACCAAGUGUUGACAAAGAAAAACUCUUAAACAGCUUGUCAGAGAUGUUUUCUGACCUGGAUCCUGAUGUUGUUUAUUUGAUGCUUUCAGAAUGUGAUUUCAAAGUUGAAAAUGCUAUGGAUUGUCUCUUAGAACUGUCCACUGGUGCCAAAGGAAUGCCAGCCUCUAAAAGCUUAAUAUUGGAGUCAGUUGCAACACCACGUGCUUUUGUUAAUCAGCAAUUUGCUGAAGGAAACGAAAUGAAUGAAAAAUGUCCUCUUGCAGAAGAUGAAGACAGUUCAACAGCUGAUGCUUUCUCUGAUAUGCGACUUACUGAAGACUUGGAUUCCUUAAUACAAAAUGCAUUUGAGAAAUUGAAUUCUAAUGACCAAGUGUCUACACAGUCACUUUUGCCUUUGGAAAAUAAUUUUGGCGGUACUAGUGACAGUGGGAGAAGUGUUUCUCUGCAAAAACCAGAAAUGGACACUGAAACAUUUGAAAAUUCAGAACAUGUAACUUUGUAUUCAGAUUUGAGCAAGUCCAGAAAUUGUAAAAAGGAUGCUGUAUGGCCUUUAACAAAUAGCAGUCCUGUGGACACCCAGCCAAAUAGCUUUUUCACUCAACCGAAUGACUCUCUAGUGGUAUAUGUUAAUCCCAGGCAGACUCAGAAAGCGCUUUCAGAUGCUCAGAAUUUUGGAUGCCAGUCUUCUCAAGCCUGUGUACAUUUGGGUACGAAUGAAUUAAGGACUGCUGUUAAUCCUCUUGUACAGAUUUCAGACCAGGCAGAAGAUGGAGUGGUGGGCACAUGUGGGGAUCAGAAUGGUGUUUCUGGCCCUGAUUUGUUUACACAAGCCAAAGGGUUUGGUUUCAUGUCACAAAAUCAUGUAGAACGACCCCCACCGGGAAGGGAUUUCAACUUUUGCCCGGGAAUGCCCUCAUUGCCACCCCCAGCAGUGCUACCGCAGAGUUCCUGGAAUCCAAUGGCUUCUGCCUUUGAGCCUUUCCAGGGCAUCCGCAGCUUCAUCACGCCAGUCGCAGCUAGUCCUCAGCCCGUGAUACCUAUGUUUGACUACUGUGAACCCGGGAGAGUCUGUGCUUCUCUGCCACCCCCGGUCCUUUUUGGGCCCUGGGACAGAAAUGCUUCCCUGCCAAUGCCAGUAACAUGGAGAAGUCAAGAUGGAAAUGCUUACCAAGGGCAGGAGCCUUCUGCUUCUCACAACGUUCGAAGAAAAAACCCUUACGUAGGCCAGACGCUUGUCCUACUCAGAGGACUUCCAGGAUCUGGGAAAUCCUUUUUGGCAAGGAAAUUGCUAGAGGAGAAUCCUAAUGGAGUUAUACUUAGUUCAGAUGAUUUUUUUUACAAAAAUGGACAAUAUCAAUUUGAUGGAAAUUUAUUGGGUGAAGCACAUGAAUGGAAUCAGAAACGAGCUAAAGAAGCAUUAGAGAAGAAGGUUUCUCCUAUAAUAAUAGAUAACACAAAUCUACAGGCAUGGGAGAUGAAGCCGUAUAUAAUUAUGUCACAAAAGCAUAAAUAUAAAGUUCACUUCCGGGAACCGGACACAUGGUGGAAAUUUAAACCAAAGGAACUUGCAAGACGCAAUAUUCAUGGAGUAACCAAAGAGAAAAUAGUAAGAAUGUUGGAACAUUAUGAACGUUAUGUUUCUGUGACACAUGUCCUGGAUUCUUCAGUUCCAGAUAGACCAGAACAUAAUGAGUUAAGUGAAACUUCUUGUCAAGAUGAAAAUAUUAGCCUGAAAGACUCAGAUGAUUAUACUUGUUUGAAAGAAAGUGAUCUUUCCUUAUCUUUGAAGCAUCCUGAAAUAAGCGAAGAAAAACUUAAAUUGGGGACCAAUAUUUCUUCAUUUCAAGAAAAUAUGAAGUGUUUUCCUAUAGUAGAUUUAGAAAAAGGAAAACAAGAAGUAAGUGCCAUCGAACCUUAUUUUCAGAAAACUGCCAUUCAGGAAUCUGGAGAGCAUGAAUUAGCGAAUUCUGAAAAUAAAGAAGUAUUAGAUGAAAAUGAUGCAGAGGAAGAAAAUGUAGAUCUAUUUCCCGAAGGGCGAAGUAUUAAAAUAGAUACUUCCAGGUCUGGAGAUAAUAUUAUGAUAAAUACUACUUUUAGUGAAGGAAACCAAGACGCCAAUCGACUUUCAAAGAAAAUCAAGGUCCAAAAUGAAAACUAUGGAUGUAGUGAAAUGGCUGCUGAUCCAGAAAUAAUAAAUGAAACACAGUUCAUGACACAAAACAGUUUGAUUUCAGAAAAGUCCCCAAAGCAUGAAUUACUCAAUUUUUUUGGUGAUUGGCCAGUUGAGAAAACAAUGGGUCAGAGGAUCAAGAGGAGUAAAAAAACUGAAAAACCUUCCUCUGUACAAUGUAACCGAGAGUGCCCCACACUUGAAUCCUACUUGGAAACGGGCAGCGACGGGCAUGUGGCCAGGGCUUCUGCCCAGCAGCAAGGACUCUCAGAGGAAAGUGGGGAACGAGGGAAGACUGCCCAGGGUAACGAGCUUUUAGAGCCUUUAUACAACUGCGCUGAACAUGAGGCAUCCACAGAGGGCGAUAAAGAGGUGCCAGAAGCACUGGAUGAGGCUGAUUGGCCUUCCUCAGAUUCUUUAGCUCAGAGAGAACCACGAGCAGGACUCUCCAAGACCUGUCUCAGUGAAGCUCCUCAUGAAUCUGAAAGGAGUCAGAGUCUGAGCGAGACAGCUUUAAAAAUAGCAGAUGUCUUUUAUGAGGUCUUGGCAGACCACGAAGACCAGAGGAACUCAACUAAGGAAAAACCUGACCUUUUAUCCUGUGAACUUACCAAUGAGAAUAAUAGCGGAUCUCCCUUGUCCCUUACUUUUACCUGCGGGGAUGCCCCUCCCUCCCAAGGGGUGGAAACAAAAGUUGCACCUGAAUUUCCAGAAGGAAGGACUGAAGAUUUAUCUUUUCUUGAUGUAAACAAAUGGUCCCAAACUGAGCCGAAAGAUUUUGCUCUUUUGUGGAAAAUAGAAAAAAAGAAAAUUAGUGUUUCUGAUUCAAUCAGAGUAUUAACAGGAAAAUUAGAUGGAUUUAAGCCGAAAGAUUUUAAUACUAAUAUCAAAUCAGAUAUUCAAGAAAUAAUUCCAUACAGGGUAAUGUAUGAUAAAAGUACAUACGUGGAAGAAAGUGAACUUACGAAUGCUGAUGAAUCUGAAAAUCUAAAUACUCUUUGUAAAAUUUUUGGUUCUUUUUCAUCUGAAGCACUGAAAGACUUGUAUGAACGGUGCAACAAGGACAUUAUUUGGGCAACGAGCCUUUUGUUGGAUUCUGAAGCAAAGUUAUGUGAAGAGAAUGAGGAAGAAAGUUUACCAGAAUCGGACGAUGAUACACAAAUCGAGCAAUUUGAUGUAAGUGCAUAUUUGAAGGAGAUUAUCAGCCAUGGAGGGACUUCCAGUUCCAGUAUACCAAAAAAUGGCCUUGGAACUGGCAUGGAUCACGUUGAUAAACAGCUUAGCUAUGAUGAAGACAGUAAAAUCCCUGGAAGAGCAGACAUAAAAGAUAUAAACACUGAGAAAUCAGAAUUAGUAACAAGUAUUUUAUCUAGUAUUGUCAGAGAAGUAAGACAUACCCAUGAAUUGCCUUCUAGCAGCAAGCAGACAAAACUUUCUGAUUCAGAUAACAUUGAACGAUCAGUUUUAGAUAUUUCAAAAAAUAACUUAAGUGAUAUAAACUUUAAAAAUAUGAAUGAAAUAGAUGGGGAAUCUUUAGCCACAGAGUUUGGUUCAUGUUCUUUACAGGUUUUGCCUGAUAUUUUCAAAACUACGUCUGAUACUUUAAAUGAAGAAACUGGCAUUAUUGAAUAUUUUGAAGGAAAGAAAAAUGAAAAUCUUACAAAAAAUGAUAAGAAAUUUCAGGCGCUUACAGAGGGAUUUAUUGAUGAUGAUAAGCCAGAAAUGGGAAAAAUUGUAUGUGCCAAAUCACCAGCCAAUUUGGGAGGAGGAAUUAACGAGGAAAGUAAAGUGCCUCACUGUGAAGGUGACAAAGCUGAGAUUUUGAAUUCCACCCCAACGAAACCUAAACCCAUGAAUAUAGACUGUCUGGAGUUGGCAUUACCUCCUGAAUUGGCCUUCCAGCUCAGUGAAUUAUUUGGGCCUGUUGGCAUUGAUUCAGGGUCUCUAACAGUUGAGGAUUGUGUGGUUCAUAUAGAUCUGAAUCUGGCUAAAGUGAUUCAUGAGAAAUGGAAAGACUCUAUUAUGGAGCGACAAAGACAAGAUGAAAUAUCACGUGCUCUGCAUACUAGAGAUACUUCUAUUGUUGGACAUUCAAAUCCUGAUACUCCCGAACAAAAAUCAUCUCAAAGAACAGGCAAAAAACUGCUAAAGUGUCAAAAUCCAUCUGAAAUGCCGCUCUUCAUGGAUCAUUGGAAUACUCAGACUAAAAAAGUUUCACUCAGAGAAAUAAUGUCAGAAGAGAUCGCCUUACAGGAAAAACAUGAUAUGAAACAGGUACCACUUGUAUUUGAAAAAAAUUGUGCUGCAAAACUGAAGGAGAAGCAACUCUUGAAGAUGUUCCCAACCAUUAACCAAAAUUUUCUGAUGGACAUUUUUAAGGACAACAACUACUGUUUAGAACAGACAGUGCAAUUUCUGAAUUGUGUCCUUGAAGCAGAUCCUGUAAAAACUGUUGUAGCUCAAGAAUUUAUUCAUCAAAAUGAAGCUGCCUCUUCUUAUAAUACACCGAAGUCUAAGGAAAAAAAGGCAAAGAAAUCCAAAGAGACAGAAGAUAUACCGAGUGAUCCGUCCUUCCAGGAUUUUGAGUACCCUAAGUAUGAUGAUUACCGAGCAGAGGCGGUUCUUCACCAGCAAAAGAGACUGGAGUGCUAUAGCAAGGCAAAAGAAGCUUAUCGUAUGGGGAAAAAAAAUGUUGCCACCUUUUAUGCGCAGCAGGGCAGUCUCCAUGAGGAGAAGAUGAGAGAAGCCAAUCAUCUUGCUGCCGUGGAGAUAUUUGAGAAAGUCAACGCUUCCCUCCUGCCACAGAAUGUUUUGGACCUGCAUGGACUCCACGUGGAUGAAGCCAUAAAUCACUUAAUAACUGUAUUGCAGCAAAAAACUGACGAGCAUAAGCAGAAUGGUGGUAAACCAUAUCUCUCUGUGAUUACGGGAAGAGGAAACCAUAGCCAGGGAGGAGUUGCUCGAAUCAAACCAGCAGUCAUUAAAUACCUCACAAGCCACAACUUCAGGUUCUCUGAAAUUAAACCAGGGUGCUUGAAAGUUUUACUGAAGUAAACAGCUGAUUUUUGUUGUUUUUGUUAAAACUUGUACUGAAACAUUUGCAACAUUUGAAAUUGACUUUACUGUUAUACAAAUAUUUCCUUGGGAAUACUUUCCACUUUUACAACGAAAUAAUUUGUGAUGUUUUUCAGAACUUGAAAGAAUCUUACUUUUUUACUAAGUCUAAUGCCAAAUAUGUUGCCUAUCAAAGAUGAAAAAAAAAUACAGCAUCCUUAUUGAUUACAGAAUUUUAAAGAAAGCUAUUAUUGAUUAUCGUUUAAAAGUUUGGUGUCCCCUCAAUUCUUCUUUCGGAUAGAAAAUUAAAACUUUGUAUUCCUAUUUUAACAUUUACACAGUACUAAAGACUUCCAGGUAAUGUGGAGAAUACUAGAAGGCAUAAUUUCCACUUGUCAAAGUCUUAUUUAGAACAAACAUAUUUGAAUUUGAUACAUGAGUCAAGCAUCUUCUUUGCUGUUGUCAUUGUGUCCUACCAUAUACCAAAUGGGGCAAAGGGGGACUACUGUUAUUUUUUUCUGACUUGUGGGACCUCCUUUGCCUUUUUCCUAUGUGUACCAUGUAUGAAGAGAGAGUGGGGAGAGGGGGAGGGAGCUUACAGGGUAGGUUUCAGUUCAGUUCUUAAUCCCCCUCUUUCACCCACCCCCCGCCACUUCCCAUCAAUCUUAUAUUCUCCUCUGCACCAAUUUUGAUAAGGCAGAAACAUUAAAGAAAUGUUUAGACAGACCAUGUGAUUGGGAGAUAUUCUUUAUUGCUUAAAUAGAACGGAUCCCUUAAACUUAGUAUUAAGUAUCUUCAUUUAUGUUUGAUAUGGAUAAUGUCUAAAUUGUAAUAGGUUGAAAUCCUGUUUCCCAGCCUAAAUUUAGAAAACAUUCUUAACUGAAUGAUUUAAAGGAAAAUGCUAAAGCUAAAGUUUUAACCAUAUUAAACAUAAACUUCAGUGUUUUCUCAAAGGAAAAUUCUAUAGAUUUGCUCUGCUCAGUGGACUAGUUGUACAUACAUACUUUUGUUUCUUUGUAUUUCCAUUAUGCUGCACAUUUUUGAGCUGAGAAAAUUUAAAUGUAAUUUUCCUUAUGAAAUUUAUUCCCCAUUAUAACAUCUUUAAAAAAAAUUAUUGUAGCAUAAUAAGUAGGUUUAUUGUUUUAAAAAAUAUAGAAUAAAUUUUUAUAUUUUUUUGGUGGGGGGGAAAAGAUUUGACUCUAAAAGGUAGAAAAUAUUUUCCACAUUUAUUUAGCAAACUAAUUUUUUAGCUUGAAAUAUGAGAUCAACAAUUCAGGACUCACCUUUCAGGUACUACUUUACUAUAAGAAAUUCCCAAAAUUUAUAACUAUAUCUGCAAAAAGAAGAUACAUUUUAAUAAAAACAGAUCCCAGGAGCAUCUUGAAGUAUUUUUUUAAGAUAAAAAUACACGUACUAUGAAUGCAUGCUUUUUAAAGGAAAACCUUACUUGUGAAGUUGUAUUUUCAGAAAAAAAAAAAUCUGAGUUUAUGUACAGUAUCAGAAACAUUUUUAGUAGUUGCCUCUAAAGUAUUUUUCACAUGAUUACAUUUUAAACAGUUUUAUAAUUUGUUAAAAUCUGAAGAGAUAUUGGUAAUUUAGUUUAUGGUCUUUGUCCUAUGUAAAGAGCUGUACGUGUAAAAAUAAAACCUAGCUUUUUCCACAAUUACUGCAAAAGUGUGAUUGUUAACGAAGCCAACAAAAUAUGUAUGUUAGUAAGAAAGUUUAAGGGGUGUCUUAAAAAUUUGAAUUGAGACAUAUUAAUAAAUGAGCCAACUGAGUACUGGAGCUUAUGCAACUUUCUGCUCAGUUCUUUAAUUUUAUAUUAGGAGACCCAGUGAUAAAAUAAUUUAGUUGAUCACUUGAGUUAGAAUAUAUCCACUGUGUCUUCACUAUGAGUAGAGGUGUGGACAAAGUGAUCUAAAGGCCACAUGAUACAUUGAAGUAAAAAAAAAAAAAAAAGCCAAAUUGUUGUUAUCUUGGGGUUGUACAUUGGUAGCUUGAAUCGAAUACCUUAUUUUUGUUAAAAAUGGUGGGGCUUUGCCCUUGAUUAUUAAAGAUGCACCCUGGAAUUUUUAAUCAUUGAUGGUUUAUCCAUAAAAAUAUUUUUAUUCCAAAUUUCCCCCACUCAAUUAUCCCCCAUUCCCCACCCCAAUCCCACACUUCUUGGCAUACUUCUGAACAACCUCUCUUACAGUUGAUGUGUGCUCAGGAGACAAAAACUAAAUUAAUUUAGGCAAAACAUAAUUAGCAAAGAAAAUAUUACUUCCCCCUCCCAACCAUAGAAUAACAUGCCAAAGAGAGUCAAUUUGGGGAUUAUCUACUGUUUUGUGUGUUGGUUUAUCUGUGCCAUAGUUCAUUGACUGUCUUAAAAAAUUUAUUUUGUGUUUGGUUCUAUUUAGUUUCAUCAUUGAUUAUGUACUUCGAGUGUAACCUUGACCAAUAUUUAACAAGAAAUAGAUAUUAGAAAUGAUUUCUUAAAAAAUAGAAUUUUUUUCCCCCCAAAUGAGAAAUGAUAGCACGUUUUAUCAGAAUUUUUCGCCAUUGCAUGGUUGCCUACAUAUUAGUUGUUUUUAAAGCUUUUCCUUGCUGUUAAGUUCAUUGCUCAGGUUGAUAAAAUCAUCAUUUCUUUUAAAAAUAGAAUUUGUAUAGAUUAUGUGAAUGAGUGCAUCACAGGAGUUGCAAAACACUCUGAAGGCAUAGCUUGAGAUUUCUUUCUGCUAGUCUUUUUGAAUUCAAUUCUUUCCUAUGGUUGGCAAAGGACACCUGCCCCAGCAAUGGUAGAAAAUUUUUGAGGUGGUGGAAAAUGGAAAUCUUUGAAACUCAGGAAAUUGCUCCGACAAUGUUCUGCAUGAUCUAAAUUUAUGAAAGUGACCACAAAAAUGUAGUAUGCUUUUUCCUAUGUGCUUUUCAUUGGAUACAAUUCUUGUGUGUUAACACUCUAUUUUGCUUUGUGAUGGGGAUAAAAUUUAUUAACUAUUGUACAGUGGUUUAAUCUUUGUUCAUCUUUAUUUUCAUGGUGAAAAAAUAGACCUAAAUGUUUGUAUGGUAUAAAGUGUCAUAUAAAGAUCUAAUAUGAGUCUACAUAGUCUAUGUUAAUGGUGCUUAUAUAUCCUUUAAAUGUAAUUCAGGUUUGCAGAGUAUCAACACGGAAUUAAUGAAGAACAAGGCUAGAACCACAUCAGUAUCUUGAAACUUUUUUUUUAAUGCCUUCAUGUUGGAUGCCAAGUUUGUUUUUAUUCUUCUAAACAUGAACUUUGGAUUCUGUGUCAAGUAAUGGGCUUGCUAUUGAUGAGUAACUGAAAUAACUGUGAAAAAUCUCAUUGAAAUAAAACAUUGCAGCUAAGGUUAUUAAGAUCAGUUCAUUGGAGAACAUAUUUAAUUUUUUCAGACAGUAUAUCAGAAACUGUAUUAUAGAGAAAAGUGUAAUUUUGUUGUUAACUGUAAUUUUUUUAUUGAAAGACUUUUUAUAAUUUUGCUUUUAAAAUUUCUAUUGAAAAGAAUUUGCAAAUUGUACAUCUAGUUUAAUAAAGUACUUUAAACAUAAA